GGGCGCUCCCCCGCCGCCUCGGUGUCCGAGCGGCCCGCGCCCGAUCCCGGCGACACACUCGAGCCGCCGCCUGGUCUGGACGCCUGGCGCGCCCGCGUCCGCCGCGACCCGCGCGACUUCCUGCGCCUGUGCGCGCACCUCGACUGCACGCCGGACAUCUGGGCGCUGCACGACUGGAGCGCCUGGCUCACGCCGUUCACGCGCGGCGGCCGCCGCCGCUACGACACCACCUUCUUCCUGUGCUGCCUGCGCCAGCCGCCGCCCGUGCACCCCGACCUGGCCGAGGUGGUGGGCUGCCAGUGGUCUUCUCCAUCAGAAACGACGGAAAGUUUCAUAUCAAAAGAAAUAUGGUUGGCACCUCCACAGUUCUACGAAAUAAGAAGACUUGAAAAUUUUGCCUCUCUUUCUGACUUGUAUAAAUUUUGUUUGGGACGUGGAUUAGAAGGUGCAGAAAGAUGGAUGCCGAUCACAUUGUUAACUGCUGAUGGGAUGAUUCAGCUUUUACCAGGAGAUGAGCUGUACUUGGAAGAUUCAGAUUUUUUAAACAAGCUUUUGUCUACGGAAAAAAAGAACGAAGAAGUCAUGAAAGAAGGCAGUAAAUUUCACCGAGUAGUGAUAUACAACCGCCAUCUUUAUCACAUCCACGUGACUGUUGAGUCACAGAAUAAGCACAUUUAUCCCAAGAGCUAUGUGUUAAGUAAGAGCCAUCUGUAGGGUGCUGCUUAUUUGUAAGCUGGCCUAAUUGAGUAUCCUAACUAACAAGCAGGGUUGACUAAACUUGCCUGAAACUGUG